AUGGUCAUCAAUUCGGGUACAGAUUCAAUUUCAUAUUCUGUCCCUGAGACACAAUAUGUCAAGCAACCGGAGACGAGACAGCUCCCCGUGACUCUCCUAUCAGGGUUCCUGGGGAGUGGGAAAACAACUCUUCUCGAACACAUUCUCAAAUCUCCUGAUCAUGGUCUCCGAAUCGCAGUCAUUGUGAAUGACAUGAGCAAGCUGAACGUUGACGCUGCCCUCAUUACCCACCACAAGGUCUCCCAGACCAAAGAGAAGCUCAUUCAACUUCAGAAUGGUUGUAUCUGUUGUACCCUGCGAGGCGAUCUCCUCUCCGAGCUGGCCCACUUAACCAAACAAACCGAAGUCCAGUAUGUGGUGAUUGAGAGCACUGGAAUAAGUGAGCCCAUGCAGGUAGCCGAGACGUUCACGGCAGAGUUUAGUAAGGCCAUGCUCGAGGUUGAGGGAAUGGAGGAACAGGAUGAGGAUGAUAAGAGAGUAUUGGACGAGAUUGUCAAAAUGGGAGGAUUGCAUACCCUUGCCAAAUUAGACACGACAGUGACGGUUAUCGAUGCUUUUAAUCUUCUGUCCAACUUUGAUACCACCGAGUUUCUUUCAGACCGAUACGGGUCUAAGGAGAUCAUUCCCGAAGAUGAGCGUACAAUUUCCGACCUGAUGGUCGAUCAAAUCGAAUUUGCUGAUGUCCUAAUCAUCAACAAGAUCGAGACGGUGGAUGAGACCACCCGGGGUAGGAUCAAGCAGUUGCUCAACUUGCUCAACCCCGAUGCCAAGGUUCUUGAGUCCAGCUACUCCAAGGUCGAUGUCAAGCAGAUCCUGGGAACAGGGCGGUUUGAUUUCGUCAAGGCGGCUUCUGGGGCUGGGUGGUUGCGGAGCCUGCAUGAGAUGACCGUACAGGUGACAGGGAAUGGGGAAAGAAUGGCACCCAAGCCGGAGACAUUGGAAUAUGGAAUUAACAACUUUGUCUAUACGGCUCGCCGGCCAUUCCAACCUCGCCGGCUGUUUGCCCUCCUACAUGACAAAUUUAUUCUUCUUCAGAAUGUAGAGGGAGCCGAAGAGGAGGAAGGUGACGAGGAGGACGAAGGUAUGGAAGAUGCAGAAGAAGAAGACGAGGAUGAGGAGAUUGAAGACUUUGACCAACCUGACCCCGCUGUCAUCCUUUCCAACAAGCGAUCCAGCCCCAUCUUCCGUCCCAUCCUCCGCUCCAAAGGCUUCUUCUGGAUGGCAACCCGUCCUUAUCAGUUUGGCGAAUGGAGUCAAGCAGGAGGCAUGCUGACUGUCGGAUGUGGUGGCCCUUGGUUUACGGAGAUCCCCGACGAACUAUGGCCAGAGGAUCCAGACGUCCGCCAGUCCAUUGAGAAUGAUUUCCAGGAGCCCUGGGGCGAUCGACGACAAGAGAUUGUGUUUAUCGGAGAAGGCAUUGAUGUUGAUGGAAUCACAGGGAUGCUGAAUGAAUGCUUGUUGAACGACAAAGAGAUGAAAGAGUGGGAGAAGGUGAUGAAGAAGAAAAGGAUGACGCGGACAGAGAAGGAGGCGAAAAUGGGAGAGAUUUGGGAGGAUGGAUGGGAGGAGUGGCCAGGUGUUGACGCGGAAGAAGAGGAAGAGGAGCAGACAGGGAAACACAAACAUCGCAUUAGCGAGCAUCUAGGCCAUCAUCAUCAUCGGUAG